ACUCAGGACCUUUGGGAAAGUAGUCAGUACUUUUAACAGCUGAGCCAUUUCACCAGCCCCUGGAUAUAACUUAGUGAAAGAUUUAUUAGGAGUCCUAAUAAGUAUUAUACAUCUUCAAAUCAUGGGAAAGUAUGAUAUCACAAACAUAUCCCUCAAACAGUUGGCAUACUUUAGUGUUGAGUAUGGUGCUCAGAGAGGCUCUAAAUGCUCUGUAUACUGGUUAUGGGACCCAAGAGAAGGCACUUGGUUGCCUCUGAGCCCCCGAGUUUCUCACUCUGUUCAGUGGGGAUAACAACAGUAUGUAAAUCAGAGGUAUACAAUGGAAACUGUGUUAGAGUUUGUAAGGCUCUUCAAAUGGUAUUUGACACUGGUGCAAUGUUAUAUAAGAGUUGGUCAAAUGCAUUAAAAGAAGACAUGCUUCAUGAGUUUGAGCACUAUAUAUAUUUUUGUACAUCAGGUACUUAGCAUCAAAUGGCUUGUUCAUAAAAACAGUCUCACUGGUGCAGGAAUAUGCAUUGCAAAAGCAAAUAACUUUUUAAAACUUCAUGCACAUCUGUCCUUGUGUAUGUUAAGUGCAUGUAGGUGCCCUCAGAGUCCAGAUGUGGCCAUCAGAUCCUCUAGAGCUGAAGCAACAGGCACUUGUGAGCUGCCCAUCGGGGGUGCUGGAAACAGAACUCUGAUCCUCUGGAAGAGCAAGAAGUGCUCUUAACUGCUGUGCCAUCUCUCUACCCCCCAAAGUAAAGGAUUUUAGCUUCAACAAAGUCAAGAAAUUUAGAGCUGCUUGUCAGUAGCUCAAGCACUUGAUCACAGGCAUCUUGUUCUGCUGAGCACAGUGUUGUAGAUCACCUUAAUCAGAAUAGAAGUGGGAUUUUUUCCCCCUCACCCUGGGCUUGAUGCUCUCUUUUUUAGGAUGGACCAAACCAAGAAACCCAACCCAGGCCUCCCCCUGCACUCUCCCUUCCUUAGGAGGGUCUUCUUUUCAGCUUCAGCAUCCAUUUCUAUUGGUAUCACACCUCUUACCAGAAAACAUGCAAUGCCUCAACCAAUCCUAAAGAUGUAUGAAUGGAUCCCAAAAUGAAGUGAGCACUUACAUUGACCUAGUCUUUUAAACAUUAAGCUCUGGUGAUUCUCUCAUGUCUGGGAUAAUUAGUUUAGGGUACAAAUCCAAAAGUAUUUAUACCCAGGACUGCAUCUCAAGACAUAAACAUCUUCAUCGUUCCAUGCACACUGCCAAAUCAUCUCAAAAGAAUCAUGCCAAUUUACAGUGCCAUCACUGACAGAGCACUGAUACUUCAACAAGCUAAGUUUAAAAUGUGGGUUACAUUACUUGUAAGAUGGGUAGAGAAAGGUGUUAUUAGAUGGAAGUUGCACGUUUCUGUACUCGUGUGGUUAAAUGUAUCUUCUCCUGGGAUUAGUAUCUUCAUUUUUUCUUUAAAAUAUUGUCAUUUGGAUAUCUAUCUGUAUAACUAUCCCCUGAUAUUUCUUACAGGGGACAGAUAAAAGGUUAUGACGGGAGGGUACAGAUCCUUGUUCGAGGCAAAACACUGUGUUGCUUUUGUGUUUUGAAUGCACGCAUUUGUUCAGUGAUUCUGUGAGCUCCAAGCGAGCAAAUGGUGAACAAGUGCCCUAUAAAUGGUGUUCUACUUCGUAAGAGAAGAACACGGACACUCGUCACAGAGGCUCAGUCACCCUUGACCACACUGAACCAGUCUUCACCUUUCCACUCUUCCUGCCAGAAGAACAGAAACCGGACUCUCUGGGGAUAUCGGCCUCACCCCUACCGCUCUCUCCAUUAGGAGGCAAACUUUCUUUCACUUCCCAGAGGCUCUGGGGGCAGCAAGGUCAACCCUUUCUUCGGAAUCUGGAACCACUCCCUGUCUUGAGCUGACAUCACAGGGCCUCCUUGAGUGAGGACUUCAUUUUUUCCAUAUGCCACAUUUUGGGGUCAGGAGUUCAGGAAAAGCCUUUGCUAGGUGAUAACUCUUUCUAUUCACAUUGUAGAGAUGGCGUGGGGUAUCCAGCUGAGUAUCUGAAGGGUUCAGGGUGGUCGGGACCUUGGUGAGGAACAACAGAAGCACCUACUUGGAGCCUCUCAAGCAUGACAUCCUCAAGGACAUUUGAUGUUUAUAUGCAGUGACCCAGGGCUCCAUGUGCCAUUCCUCUUAGACCAUAACUGUGUCUCCUUAUGGUUUGUUCCCUGUCUCCUUCUCAAUCCCGCUGUGCCCACUCCCACAGAAAAGUUCCCACUUCCUUCACCCCCACGCUGCCCACUUCCGAUACCUCUCAGCUUUGAUUCUCUCCAAGUAGUGUGACGUGACGUUCCUAUGGGAACUUUUAAUGAAAACAUCGAUGUCAUUUUCUCCUAAUAAUCCUAAGAUGGAAAGUUGUCAUCUUGUGAAGAGUAUAAAAGUCACCUGCCAACUGCUUUGUGACAAUCGAGUGGCAACGUCGUCAAGACUGCUGCCAUCGUCUCACAGCCAUCUUCUCAAAUGCAGAGUCAUCUUCUAAUAAUGUCUGACUCCAUAGUAACCCUUUCUUACUGUAUUAUCUGGUUAGAUAUGCCAUUCAUGUGAGGACAUUUUAUGAAUACAAGCCAAGCCCUGUACAACACAUAAGCCCACAUGCAGAAAGAAUGCUCACAGCCUGCUGUUUAUCAUACUGUUGUUGCCGCUGCUGUUUGGGGAUUUAUUAAAGACAGGGUUCUCUGUGUUAGCCCAGGCUGUCCUAGAACUCACUCCGUAGACCAGGCUGGCCUCAAACUCACAGAGACACCCCCUGCCUCUGCCUCCCCAGUGCUGGGGUUAAAGGUGUGUGUCACCGCCAGCCACCGGGCUGCUUAUUACCCUUUUCCUGUCCCUCUCUUCUCCCCAUCAUUCAGUUUCCAGCCCCCAGGCCAACCAAAGGCAUUCUGCUCCCCUCUGUAUCACUGUCUUCACACAUGCCACUGACUGUCUGUUGCUCUGCACUGCUGUUCUGGGUCAAGCUCCAGAUGUGGAUGUUAUUGUGGACGCUCCUCAGGACUAGGUUCUUACUUAGUGUGCACUUUCCCCUUUAAAUGUGGUGUACGGAGGUGUUGUCUCUUACAUGCCCCACUCCAGGAGAUGAGUCCCUUCCCUUUACUGGGGACCUUGGCCACCGAGGGAGGAUGCAGAUAACAUGCAUUGGCCCCCUGGAGUCUCUGGGUGAUCCUGGACCCAGCCUGCUCUCCUUCUCACCCUUUCUUAUGUAGAAUGUUUAAAAGCUUUUCAAAUGCAAAUCUUUGCUCAAAGACAGAAGUAAGAAAAACUCCCACCACCACCACCACCAACACACCCACCUUACAAUGUCUGAACUGGCACUAGGAGUAAUAGGAUUUCAAAUCUGGGAACUAUAUUUGACACAAUCACAAACCAAAGCUGGAGGACUUUCUCAGGGUCACGAAGCUGGUCAGAUGGCUUAGUUGCAUCUGCAGCCAAGCCUCUGUCCUUCCAAGGCUCCUGCUAAGAACUAUUCAAAGGAGCAAGGGCUGGCAUCCCUGCAGAGAUCCACAAGGCUUGCUAGCAUGGCUGAGCUUAGUUGAUAUCUCCCUAGUAAAAGUGACCACACAAUGCACUCACUUCUCGAGAAAGUUUAGAGCGUUCUUGGUUUUUGCGUGGACUCCCUCCCCCUCCCACACCUCCAUCCUCACCCCUUCCCACGCACCCAAAUCUGAAGGUGUCAUUUGAAAAGGAAUGUAAAGAAAGGGGCAUUCGGAAUUGAAAGGAGAAGAAACGGUAGCCAAGUAGAUGCAUGGGAAAGGGACUGGGACGUUCAUCCUACAGGAUAGCCGUGGGACUUUUCAACAAGAUCUUGGCGAUCAGUUCGCCUUAUUGAAGGGAGCCAGCCCCUGCUCUGCGCCCUCCGACGCUGAGAGUUAACAAAAGGCACCACCCUGCGGUGACGCCGGAUGAAACCCCUCGGUGUGUCCUCUGGGCAUCAUCAGGAACUGGUGCCAAAUCAGAGGAGCUGGCCAGGGUUUUGGGAGUGACGCGCAGCUGGGAGGCUUGAGCACCCAAGGCACGCCCCUGCCGCGUCCCACUAGCAGAUCUUGGGAGACCUGGACCGGUUCAGCCACUUGCCCCCGCCCCUCCUCCAGCAAUGGGGCUAUAUAGAUCUCCCAGGUCAGGGCGCAGAAGUGCCGGGCAAUCUGGGCUUAACGGGUCCUCCCUGCCCGAGCGAGAGGAAGGGACCUUUGAGCCGCUCCACAGCGCCGCCUCUGUACUGGCACUACCCAACCCGGGUAGCUGUCCCAGAACUCCUAGGUCGCGGGUUCGGUACCCGCAUCAGGCAACAGUGCCGCUGUUGUCUUCAGGGCUGAGUCCUUUUGGUCUUGCACUCGCGCCUCUCUGCCCUCCGAGCCAGGAUGGUGAACCCGACAACUUCCGAAGUGCAACCCACCAUGGGGGUCAAGAUCUUCUCAGCCGGCGUUUCAGCCUGCCUGGCAGAUAUCAUCACCUUCCCGCUGGACACCGCCAAAGUCCGCCUUCAGAUCCAAGGUGAAGGCCAGACUUCCAGUACCAUUAGGUAUAAAGGUGUCCUAGGGACCAUCACCACCCUGGCAAAAACAGAAGGCGUGCCGAAACUGUACAGCGGCCUGCCUGCAGGCAUUCAGAGACAAAUCAGCUUUGCCUCACUCAGGAUUGGCCUCUACGAUACGGUCCAAGAGUACUUCUCUUCGGGGAGAGAAACACCUGCCUCUUUAGGGAACAAGAUCUCAGCUGGCUUAAUGACUGGAGGUGUGGCCGUGUUCAUUGGGCAGCCCACAGAGGUCGUGAAGGUCAGGAUGCAAGCACAGAGCCAUCUGCAUGGGAUCAAACCCCGCUACACUGGGACCUACAAUGCUUACAGAGUUAUAGCCACCACAGAAAGCUUGUCAACACUUUGGAAAGGGACGACCCCUAAUCUAAUGAGAAAUGUCAUCAUCAAUUGUACAGAGCUGGUUACAUAUGACCUUAUGAAGGGGGCCCUUGUAAACAACAAAAUACUGGCAGAUGAUGUCCCCUGCCAUUUACUGUCAGCUCUCGUCGCCGGGUUUUGUACCACACUCCUGGCCUCUCCGGUGGAUGUGGUAAAAACAAGAUUCAUCAACUCUCUGCCAGGACAGUAUCCAAGUGUGCCCAGCUGUGCAAUGACCAUGUACACCAAGGAAGGACCGACGGCCUUUUUCAAAGGGUUUGUGCCUUCUUUUCUGCGACUCGGGUCCUGGAACGUCAUCAUGUUUGUAUGCUUUGAACAGCUGAAAAAAGAGCUGAUGAAGUCCAGGCAGACCGUGGACUGCACCACAUAAGCCACUUGGAGAAAGUGAUGCUGAUCAUCAUUGGGCUCCUAGGCUGGGAGACCACGAAUAAAACCAAAGAAAUCAAAUGAA